AUGUUGAUAGCAUCUCAUGCGGGCCGUACGAUUACGCUGGCACUUGCCGAAGGCUCCCGUCUACGAGCGGCCACGGGAGUGCACGGCCUGUUAGAGCUGAUGGCGCCAGUGGGCCAGGGCGUGUCCGUUGAGGCUAUCGUGAAUAAGACUCUAGCUAUCGACGCAAGCAUAUGGGUGGUGCAGCUCCUCAAGGCUAUGCACGACGAUCGCGAAGAGAUGCUGCCGGGCACGCACUGCAGAGAUUAUCUGCUCGAUUUGGAGCGUCCUACAAAAAUUCCUAGUCCUGUGGAGUAG